AUGGCAGGGAUAUCAGGGGCCAAUAAUUCAGGGAAGUUGCUUAAUGGCUGUGCUUCCAAUCUUUCUUCUCAGGUUUCAGGUGUAGGUGGAGGUGGAGGCUUUAGUGGUGGUGGAGUAGAAGGCGUUAGAGGCGCUUCAGGUAAAGGUAAAGGCUUUGGAGCUGUGGGUGGUGGUGGCGGCAGGGCUAGAGGUGGUAUUGGUGGAGCGAGAGGACAAGGAAGUGGAGUUUGUAGUGAUUCUAGCUAUAAUGAAGGCUUUGGUGCUGAAGGAGGUAUGGGCGGUGCUGUUGGUGAUGCUGUUGGAGGAGGAGGUGAUGGUGGUGGGGGUGGAGGUGGAGGAUUUAGACAUGGGGAUGGCUUUGGUGCUGAUGGGGGUGGGAACAGUUAUAGGUCUCUAAUAUAUGCAAUUAUCUUGAUUCCCAAAAACCAUCAUUCUGAGAAUUGCAGUGCAUUGAAAGAGUCUGUAACUUUUGAAAAACACGGCAACAACAAAAUUGCUAUGACUGGAGUUGAUCAAACUUUGAUGAUGGUUGAGGAUAAAGUUCCUUAUCUAAAUGGUGAUAACUACAAAUCCUGGAGGGAGGCUGUCCUGCUUCAUUUAGGGUGCAUUGAUCUUGACUAUGCUCUUCGUAAAGAAGAGCCACUUACACCUACGAAUACGAGCACUCAAGCUGAGAUUGCUUUGUAUGAACAGUGGGAGCGAUCCAACCGUUUAAGCAUAAUGUUUAUCAAAUCUCACAUUAUGAGUAGUAUUCGUGGGUCGAUACCGGAGUGUGAGAAUGUCAAGGAUCUGAUGGAUGCAAUUCAUGCUCAGUUUGAAACAUCAGAUAAGGCAUUAGGCAGCACCCUAAUGAGUAGAUUAACAUCUAUGAAGCUCACCAGUAUUAAAGCUUAUAACACACAAAAGGCUAAAUGGUCAAUCAAUGAGCUUUUGACCAUUUGUGUUCAAGAGGAGGAGAGAUUGCUUCAAGAAGUGAAUGAAAUUGCACAUUUGGUGACAAAAAUAAGAAGUGGAAGGGAAAAGGGUUUUCUGGAUCAAAGGAAACCGAUGGGAAGUGAAUGCAGCAUCUAUUUGGGAAACAAGAUGCCUUCACGUGUUGAAGCUGAGGAACAACCAGUUGUGCAACAGUCUCCACAAGAGACUAUUGAUACAACAUUAAGGAGAUCUACUAGAAUAAAGAAAUCAGUAGUUCCUACUGACUAUGUAGUGUAUAUGCAAGAGUCUGAUUGUGACAUAGGUGUUGAGGAUGACCUAAACACGUUUAUACAAGCUAUAGACAGUAGUAAAUCUAAGUUGUGGUAUAAUGCCAUGAUUAACGAGAUGAAUUCUAUGAUGGAUAAUAAAGUUUAG